AUGACAUUUCCUAAGGUGGCCAUUGCCACCAACUCUUUGGGAAAAUCCGCCGCAGGUCAUGCUAUCCUCCGCAAACUUGAAGCUGCUAAGUCACAUGGCUAUGACGGGAUAGAAGUUGCGAUGGAAUGUCUUGAGGCGCAUGCUUCCUCCUUUCCGCUGCACUAUUCUCGGGAACAUCGACUUCGUGCUGCCGCAGCUGAUGUAAAUCGAAAGGCCGGCGAGCUAGGGCUGCAUCUCAUUUCGCUCAAUCCAUUCGGGGCGUAUGAUGGGUUGACAAGUGCUGAGGAAAUUGAGUCGCGCCUCCAAGAAGCUAAGUUGUGGCUUAAUCUUUGUCAAUUGAUGCACAUAUCUAUCUUCCAGAUUACUUCAUGUCUGUACCCGAUAGACCACUCUCGAAUCACUCCAAACUUGACUCAUAUUGCCCGAAAUAUGAGACGAUUGGGUAUUCUCGCCCAAAAGUUUAACUUACGAGUUGCAUAUGAAGCACCUGCGUGGGGAAUCCACUUGAGUACAUGGCAACAGAUUCACGAGGUGAUCAAGCUUGUUGAUCUUCCAAAUGUGCAGCACUGCCUUGAUACUUUUCAUAUAUCUGCCAAAGAAGCCGGAGAUCCGUUCAAUGCCGCCGCGCCUAUUCGGCCAAAUGGUUUAUCAAAUUUAAAGCGGAGCUUAGAUGAGAUGAAAGAGACGCUCAAGCCAUCACAGAUUGCGUACUUGCAAUUGAGCGAUGCAACGAUUGCCGACCAAUACCAGAAGGACUACCCGCGUCGUGAUCUCAAACAGCCACCCUACAUGACACAGUCACGAAACUGCCGCAUUUUCCCUUGCGAAUCCGAGUUCGGGGGCAUACUUCCCGCUGUUGAUGUUGCCAAGGCUGUCUUUGACUUAGGAUAUACUGGCUGGGUAUCCAUGGAAGUCUUCCACACGGACAUGUGGGAUCCGCGACCUUCGGUUCCGGAUGACUGGGCAAGUCGCGGAAUGGCGUCUUGGCGCCGAAUCGUGUCUCUGUGUGGUCUCGAUAAACUAAACAAUAGUAAGUUUUCACAUUGA